UAUCACGCUGCAGUGAUGAUGUGCUUUGAUAAAAAGCUGGAAGCUUCAAGGCGCGACUUCUAUGUAACCGACACUGAAAUUCGUGAAACAGACUGCGUUAUAAGUACAGUGGAACUCGAUUCUCUUCUGGAUGAAGUUGAAAAUCUUGUUGAGUCUGAAGAACAAGGAUGGUUAGGCGAUUUCAGCAGAGGUCUGUCCAAUGGCGUUUACUUUUCAUUAUUUAUAUUUCCAUGCCCAGGGGUUCUUUGCGGUAACGCAGGCGGAACUUCCGGUGGAUUUGCAGACGUUUUAGUUGAGAGGUUUGUGAAGGAAUGUGGUGGUGAAAUUGCUGAGCAGCGAAUAGCGAGGAAUGUAGAUAGCAUCACGGUAACUCGCGACGGCGAAGUGCUUCUGCGGGCAGCGAGGAUUUAUGGAUUCAGAAAUAUUCAGAACUUAGUACGAAAAAUGAAGAACAACAAAACACCUUAUGACUAUAUCGAAGUCAUGGCUUGUCCUAGCGCGUGUGGUAAUGGCGGCGCACAAAUACGUGGAGAAACUGCGGAAGAAAGGGAACGGAUUCUUAAAGCAGUCGAAGAAACUUUCGCCAAAAUUGGUCACGAUGCCAGCUCAGAAGCACGGCUCGUUUUUACGAAUUAUUCAGUAACUGUCAUCUAG